AUGAAGAAACACAACAUGUUCUCCCAUUUUGUUUCCCUCCUUGGUACACACCCCUUUUAUGCAACUUACAUGAAUUGUUCGCCGAGGGAAAAAUAUUGCGACAUAGACAUCCUUAACCAGUUGCAAAUGAAAAAUAAAGUACCUCCUUUGGAAAGCAUAAAUAUCAAAAGGGGGAAGCGAUGCGCUAAUAAUAUAUUAUUAACACGUUAUAAAAAUUUUGUCAUAACUUUUAAUGAAAAAAAAAAAAAAAAAAAAUAUUUAAAAGAAAAUAUAAAGGGGGUAAACAACAAAAUAUAUUAUGAAAAUAAUUUUCCAAAAAAAAAUCAAGUACUACAGAAGAGGUACAAUUACUUUUUAAGUCCUCAAAUUGUUAAGUGUGAUGGAAAGGAUAAUUACAAAUAUGUUAAUAAUAAAGGGGAAGAUGGUGGUUUUUUUGUAAACAAUAAAAGCUAUAAGAAUGUAAAGAGUAAGAAAAUUACUCUCGGGAAAGAAAAGAAAGACCAUGUAAAUCAAGGCGAAUUGGGACAUCCAGACAGCUUAUGUAGUGAGAAUGUGAACGAUCAUUUGAACAGUGAGACAGAACUAUGCAAUGAUACACCAAGUGGAGGAGAAAAGAAAGCAGAACUAACAGAAGAUGCAUUUAAUUUUAUUGAAAGCAUAAUAAAAAAACAUAAAAUAGUUCUUUUCAUGAAAGGAACAGCAUUAAACCCGUUUUGUAAAUAUAGUAAACAAGCAAUACAUAUUUUAAAGUUAAACAAGGUCAAAGAAAUACGAACUGUCAAUGUAUUGGAAAAUGAACAGUUGAGAAGUUCUUUAAAAAAUUAUUCCCAAUGGCCUACAUUCCCACAGUUAUAUGUCAACGGAAAUUUUGUUGGAGGCAUAGACAAAUUGCAAGAGUUACAUGACAAUAAAAAAUUAAAAGACAUACUGGAGCAUUGA